CACGCAUUUGUGCAUUUGUACUCCAAGCUCCAUAUUUCAAAUGUCGACCCGGAAUUUAUCUGCACUGUAGAGUCUGGGCGAGCUAACGAGCUCACAGUGUGCAGUGGCUAUGGCGGUCUCGUCUUUACGCCUCUCAAUCUCUCUCCGUCCCCCCACUCCUUUCAGGACCCUCCAAUUUACAAUCCCUCAGAAACGUUUAACAUUGUUUGUUUGCUUCUGCUCUUCAUCUUCGGUAGCGCCACUUUCUCUCGAGCCUUGCACCACCGCAGAAGUUGUAGCUCCGCCGCCGUCUAACGCGCCACACAGAAUCUCCGCCGCCAAAUGGGAACCUUUCCGGAAAAAGAAAGUCGUUAUGCGAGUCGGUUACGUCGGCUCCGAUUAUCGAGGACUUCAAAUGCAAAGAGAUGUGCACGCGCUAUCUACCAUUGAAGGUGAAUUGGAAAAGGCUAUUUUCAAUGCUGGUGGUAUUAAAGAUACUAAUUUUGGGAAUUUGUACAAAAUUGGCUGGGCAAGAAGUAGCCGAACUGAUAAAGGAGUCCAUUCAUUGGCUACUGUUAUAUCUCUGAAAAUGGAAAUCCCUGAGCAUGCAUGGAAGGAUGAUCCCAAUGGCAUGGGUCUUGCUACUUGUGUGAAUUCUUAUCUCCCUGAGAGCAUCAGAGUGUUCAGCAUACUGCCAUUGCAAAAGACAUUUGAUGCUAGAAAGGAGUGCAAUGUUCGCAGAUAUUCUUAUCUUCUUCCUGCCGAAAUUAUUGGAAUAAAGAACAACUCAACCUCAUCUGAAGUUGACUGUCAUUUAUCAGAUUUUAACAAUAUAUUAAAUGCCUUUGAGGGUGAACAUCCAUUCCACAACUAUACUAUACGAUCCAAGUACAGGAAACAGCUUCCUACUAAAACCAAGAAAAAAGAUAACAGAGAAAAGCCGUCUCAGAAAGAAGCAAUGUCUGAAUCUGAGGAAAGUGAUGUAGAUGAAUCCUUUGCAGCACAGGAUGUUGUGACAACUGUUGAGGAAAGGACUGAGAAUACUCCACCAGGGAUCCAUGAUAAUAUGAACAAUCUGGACGAUCAAAAUCCCAUCUUGCCAAUCCGUGCAAGAUGGCUAUAUGAAACUGACGCCAGGGAUAAACUCAGUUCUUCUCAUUUCCGAAAGAUAUUACAUUGUAAUUGUGGGAACUUGGAGCAGUUACAUGGUAUGAAUUAUGUGGAAAUCUGUGUCUGUGGAGAAUCAUUCAUGUUACAUCAAAUACGCAAAAUGGUAGGAACAGCGAUUGCAAUAAAGCGCAACUUGCUACCCCUGGAUGUUUUAAAAUUGUCUCUUAACAAGUUUUCACGGAUUGUCCUGCCCCUUGCCCCAUCAGAAGUUUUGAUUUUGAAGGCCAACAGCUUUGCUUCAAGAACACUACCUGGCAACAUAGCAAGACCAGAAGUGUUGAGACUGUUAGAAUCCGAGGACAUUCUUGAGGCUGUGGAUCAGUUCUACAGUUCCACAAUGUUACCUCAAUUAUCUAGAUUUUUGGAUCCUUUAGCGUCUCCAUGGAGGGAGUGGGUAGCACUUCUGGACGCAAACACAAGUAUACCAGAAUGCCAAUUGGAAGAAGUUAGGACUGGAUGGACUGGAUGGAAACUACAGAUGAAAAGCAAAAAGAAGCCUUUGUCAACAUUGAAUUGAGGUACAUUGGCCUAGCCGGCAAAGGACCACAAGUAGACAGCAAAUGUAUGACUCGGAUCAAUUCUUGGUGGGAAUGAAAAGCUUCUUGAUAAGCUCUACUCUGCUAUCAGCCAAGGAGCAACUAGCAAAGCCAAUGACUUGAUAUGAAACCAGAAAAAUGAGAACACAUUCCCCAAAAUUCAUACUACUAUGUUGUUGUUAGCCAUUACUAAUGAGUAAUGAGACACUGACAUGAUUUUGUAUUAUAUACGUAUGUAGUAUCGUCCCAUCCCGGCCAUAAUGCUUGCCAGAUUAUUACACAACACGUACAUACAGACAACAACUCAACAAGCAAUCUAUUCCUCAUCA